AUGAACGCAGUCGAUCAGGCAUUCAUGGCGAGCCUGGACGCAAAGCCCAGCGUGCACCAGCUGGCCAGCGGCAUGCGCUUCAAGAUCGUGAGGAAGGUGGUCGACACGGCCUCAACAAAGUCGCCGAAUGUGUCGGACCCGUGCUCGGUGCACUACCACGGCUCCCUGACGAAUGGCAAGGUGUUUGACAGCUCUAUGGAUCGCGGCCACCCCGCCACAUUUGCGCCGGCCCAGGUGAUCAAGGGAUGGACCGAGGCCCUCCAGUACAUGGUGGAGGGCGAGGAGUGGGAGGUUUACUUGCCGCCGGAUCUGGCGUACGGCGCGCGCGGUGCCGGCGGGGUCAUUCCGCCGAACGCGACGCUCGUGUUCAAGAUUCGCCUGCUGAAGGUGAUGCAGGGCGGCAAGCCGGGGGCGGACGGCCACAAGAAACUGGAGCAGGCCCUCUCCAAGACCUAUGCGGACCUUUGA